AAUAACCUGCCAUCUAUACGAGUUCAGGACAAGCCAAUGACAACCCAGAUGCGAGUAGUUAGUUACCCGUUUUACCACCAGGUGGCUAAUUCGGUUCGUCAGAUAGCGUGUCAGAUUGAAGUAGGACGCCAGCGUUUUUCUCAGGAAAGCCAUGCAUGCUUAUAUUAUGUAUUUGCCGCUUGUGAUUGCGCUUACGCUUUGUGCCGUAUCACUGGGCUUCAACGUAACAGUAAUACAUACAAAUGACUGUCACGCUAGAAUUGAAGAAUCCGACAGAUUGGGUGGACCAUGCCCUCAGAAAGAAAAGGAUGCGAAUAAAUGUUUUGGUGGCGUAGCUCGCCGAUUUACAGCAGUUAAAGACAUUCGUGAAAAUCACGAGAAUGUUAUAUUUUUGGACGCAGGAGAUCAGUUCCAGGGAACAAUUUGGUUUUAUGCGUUUGAGGGACGUGCAACUUCGCAGUUUAUGAACGAAAUGGGAUAUGAUGCCAUGGCUUUAGGAAACCAUGAAUUUGACAACCAUCUGGAAGGCUUGAUCCCAUUCAUCAAUAACGUCACAUUCCCCAUCCUCGCUGCUAACAUUGACGCCUCUGAUGAACCGACAUUCCAAGGUCUCGUGAAGAAGUACACAGUCUUGACGGUGGCUGGAGAGAAGAUAGGAGUAGUAGGGUAUCUGACUUCACAAAUGCCUGCACUGUCUCAAAGAUUUGGUAAGCUUAAAUUCCUGGACGAAAUCGAGACAAUCCAAGCAGAGGUCGACAAAUUGACAGCUCAGGGAAUCAACAAGAUUAUAGCACUCGGUCAUUCUGGAUAUAAAACAGAUAAAGAGAUAGCCAAGCAGGUUACUGGUGUCGAUUUGGUAAUAGGAGGGCACACGAAUAAUUUCCUAUUUAACGGGCCAUUGUUAACUGAUGGACCAGAAGUUAUUGAGGACCCUUACCCAGUCGUAAUUACCCAGGCAUCUGGUAAAGAGGUGCUAGUCGUCCAGGAUUAUUUCUAUGGAAAAUACCUCGGGUAUCUUAAUCUUGAGUUUAAUGAUGAAGGUAUUGUGACGUCAUACAAUGGAAAUCCGAUUUUGCUGAAUGGAUCAAUUGCAAAAGAUCCAGGUGUACAGGGAGAAAUGGAGGGAUUCAUGCAGAUUCUUGACAGUAUCAAGACCAACAAACUAGCAUAUUCCAAUGUCUUCCUUAAUGGCGAAAAGCCACUCUGCAGGAUAAGAGAAUGUAACCUAGGCAACCUGUUUGCCGAUUCGUUAGUGGAUUACUUCAUUGCAGAACGAAAGCCAACGGAUCUCAACUGGAAUGGCAACAACGUAUCUCUGGCUUUCCACAAUUCUGGGGGUCUCAGGUCUUCUAUAAAUGCCGGUGACGUCACAAUGGAGAAUGUCCUCGCUGUGAUGCCAUUUCAGAAUCUCAUCGACAUGGUUGCUUUGAAAGGGAAUAUCCUGAGACAAGCGUUUGAACACUCAGUGGGGAGGUACCCGGAGUUUGCUGCUGAAUUUUUACAAGUCUCGGGGUUUCACGUUGUAUAUGACGUCUCUAAACCCCCUGGGAGUCGCGUGGAGACCUUAGAAGUGCUAUGUACGGAGUGUAGGGAGCCCAUGUUGGAACCAGUUGACGACAACAAAAUCUACAAUGUUAUUAUGCCAGCAUAUGUUGCCAAUGGCGGUGAUGGAUACUUUGUUAUAAGAGAUAAUAAACUGGAUCAUCGUAACUUAGGUAUUCUGGAUUCAGAUGUCUUCAUCACGUACAUCAAGAAGCUAUCGCCUCUGUACCCAAAUUCGCAUAAGCGUAUUGUCGCCCGAGUCACCAUCAUUGAUAUGUUACUGGCUCGAGUCACCAUUAUUGAUAUGUUACAGGCCCGAAUCACCAUCAUUGAUAUGUUACGGGUCCGAGUCACCAUCAUUGAUAUGUUACAGACCCGAGUCACCAUCAUUGAUAUGUUACAGGCCCGAGUCAACAUCAUUGAUAUGUUACAGGUCCGAGUCGUCACCAUCAUUGAUAUGUUACAGGCCCGAGUCACCAUCAUUGAUAUGUUACAAGCCCGAGUCACCAUCAUUGAUAUGUUACAGGUCCGAGUCAUCACCAUCAUUGAUAUGUUACAGGUCCGAGUCGUCACCAUCAUUGAUAUGUAA